AUGGUGACUACACGGGCUGCCACUGAGAACGACGGUAAUAUCAAAAUCGCUGAUAUGGGUAAGAAAUCCGUUGCAAAAAAAGCUUCAAAAAACAAAAAGGUAGUGUCAACCGGAGAAGUUUCAGUUCCUCCAUCUCCUGUGCAGUUGAGUAAGAAGAGACAUGCAAAUGAUUCACCUCCGAAAUCGAAGAAACACAAAGGCAUUUCCAGAACUGAAUCCAAGAAAUCUCCUCCUAAGCUAUGGCAGUUUAAAGUAAGCCGAGAAGAUCGUGUUCACUCGAAGAUUGAUACGCGCAUGUCAUACGAUGUCAUUUCUGAUAUCAAAUCGACUCUGACUCCAGGUGAAUUGGAAAAGUUUAGACAAUCUUGCUUUGGCUACUUUCUUGAUAUUCCCAAGAUCAAAGUGCAAAAUCAGAUCAUACAUUGUUUAUUGUUGAGGGAGGUGGAGCAGCUAAACAAGUCUGAAUUGUGGUUUGAGGUUGGCGGUCAUAGGCUGAAAUUCGGAAUCGACGAAUUUGCUUUGAUCUCGGGUUUAAACUGUCAAGGUGACAGCAGUAAGUAUGCCUAUACAAAAGUUGAAAACGGCAUUUUGGAUAAGUACUUCAGCGGGCUGCAAUCUGUUUCUAAACAGACCCUUCAGGAUUUUUUCAAAGCUAGGCGUUGGGAGUCGGAGGAGGAUGGGUUUAAGAUAGCAUUUAUGCAUUUUUUGCAUAACUUCUUGCUUGCUUCACCGAGGACUGCUCGUAUCCCUUUGAAGGACUUUGACGUAGUUGAUUCGGCUGAUUUGAACGACUAUCCAUGGGGUAUUGACGUUUUCAAGUACACGUUUGAUUCUUUGUCAAAAAGAGUUGUUCUUAGUCCGGGAUCUCUUAUUAUUGAAGACAACAUUUACCAGUAUCGACUUCAAGGUUUACCAUAUGCACUGGUAUGUUGGUUCUACGAGUGUUGCCCGGCGGUGGAAAAUACCUUUGCUCAGCUAGUGAACAAAGAUGCUAUCCCGCGGAUUCUGAGGUGGCAAGCAUUCGUUCCUGCAAAAUACAUUGCUGUUGACAGGGAUUUAUUUGUUGAGAUUGCAUCCGAUGAGAUGAUUUUCCGAUCAAUUGUUCCAACCCCGGCAGAGAUGAAUGCCCUUCGUCUAGACAAGGGUUGA